AUGGGCCUUGAUAAGCCCAGAACCUCCCAAGGCCCAAGCCCAGCUCACUAGAUUUGUGUCAACGUGUCAUUGUGGUGCACAGGACACGAUGGUUCAAUUUCAAUCCACUCGAGCCCUUUCUAUCCACAAAAAAAACCAGAAAUAACUGUCACUAAAAUACCAAAUAUAAAAUUAAAUAUUUUUUAUUUUAAACAAAGAAAGAAAAAUCAGACACCGGAACACGGUAUGUGGUGGAAUGAAUUUGAAGUUGAUUCUUGUAAGUUACAGUGUCCCGUGCCCUGUAUAUUCCCUUCCCUCCACUGCAAAACUACCGACCCACCUCUGUACAGGCAUGGCCACUGUUGCAUCUGGAGGAGCUAACAUUGGCCUUAUCAAUCUCCCAAACACCUACAAACUAAAACACCCAUCUCCAUUUCUUGGCAAAAGAUUGAAACUUCAUCCCUAUUCAAAAACUUCCCCUACAAAUUGCAAACCACUCACUGUUUUCUCCUUGAAAGCUGAACUGAUCGAUGCGGCUCGCGAUCUUUUUGUGGGAGUUGGAGUAGGUUUACCAUGCACGGUCAUGGAGUGUGGCGAUGUCAUAUACAGAAGCACUUUGCCCAAGGCUAGUGGGUUGACAGUUACAAUUCCAGGAGCGAUUUUAGCUCUAGGUGCGCUGUCUUACCUCUGGGCCACGCCUGGGGUGGCACCCGGGUUCUUUGACAUGUUUGUGCUUGCUUUUGUUGAGAGGCUGUUUAGACCUACCUAUAAGAAGGAUGAUUUGGUUUUGGGAAAGAAAUUGGGCGAGGGGUCAUUUGGUUCGGUUUAUAGAGCUUCUUUGGCUAAGAAGCCUUCUUCAAAGGAUGGGGGAGACUUAGUCUUGAAAAGGGCGUCUGAAUAUGGUGCAGUGGAAAUUUGGAUGAAUGAGCGGGUGCGGAGAGCUUGUGCAAACAGCUGUGCUGAUUUUCUGUAUGGCUUUCUUGAGACUUCUUCUACAAAAGGAAGUGAAUACUGGCUUCUAUGGCGUUUUGAGGGAAAGGCCACACUAGCAGAUCUGAUGCAGAGCAAAGACUUCCCCUAUAAUGUAGAAACGAUGAUCUUGGGGAAGGUACAGGACUUGCCUAAAGGUUUGGAAAGGGAAAAUAGAAUCAUUCAGACUAUCAUGCGACAGCUUUUAUUUGCCUUGGAUGGUCUUCAUUCAACAGGGAUUGUGCACAGGGAUAUUAAGCCACAGAAUGUUAUUUUCUCUGAAGGGUCUCGAAUAUUUAAGAUAAUUGAUCUUGGAGCUGCUGCAGACUUGAGAGUUGGCAUUAACUAUAUUCCAAAGGAAUUCCUUCUGGAUCCAAGGUAUGCUGCACCAGAGCAAUACAUAAUGAGUACACAAACUCCAUCUGCACCUUCAGCUCCAGUGGCAACUGCACUUUCCCCUGUUCUUUGGCAGUUGAAUCUGCCAGAUAGAUUUGAUAUCUACAGUGCAGGUCUCAUAUUCCUACAAAUGGCAUUUCCAUCCUUGCGGACAGACAGCAGCUUGAUUCAAUUCAACCGACAGUUGAAGAGGUGUGAUUACGACCUAGCUGCAUGGAGGAAAAGCACAGAGCCUCGUGCCAGUCCUGACCUCAGGAGGGGCUUUGAGUUGUUAGAUUUAGAUGAUGGGGUAGGAUGGGAACUUCUGACAUCAAUGGUUAGAUACAAAGCACGGCAAAGAAUCAGUGCAAAAGCAGCGUUGGCUCAUCCAUACUUUGAUAGGGAAGGACUAUUAGCUUUGUCUUUCAUGCAAAAACUACGACUACAACUUAUUCGUGCCACUCAGCAGGACUAUAGUGAAGCUGCCAAGUGGGUAAUUCAGUUAAUGGCAAAAUCCGGAACAGAGAAAGAUGGUGGCUUCACAGAAGCUCAGCUUCAGGAGCUUAGCGAAAUGGGCCCUAAGAAGAAGGCAAGUCCACAAAGAAAUGCCCUUGCUUCAGCUCUUAAGCUUCAAAGAAGAAUUGUUAGAACAUUGAACGAGAGCAUGGACGAGCUCAACAGACGUAGGAAAAGCUUAUGGUGGAGCAGGUGGAUCCCCCGAGAAGAGUAAGGUAGUAUAUACAUAACUUCUUUAAUUUCUUCUUGUUUUAGUUCAAAUGUUUUGUAUCUAUGGGAAGUCUCCAUGCUGUUGCAGUAGAUUAAUAAUUUUAUUAAAGAUUAAGGAAUUUUGCUGGAAUCCACAGAAACAUAGUUGGAAUCUCAGGGAUGCACGUGUGGGAGUUACUUUAUGAGUAAUAAACUUGUAUGGUACAGAACUGAAACCGCCAUGAAGCACACAAAAGUCCUUUUAGCAUUUUCAGAAGACAUCAAAUUGAACAAUGUG